AUGUCAGAAAGAAAAGUUUUAAACAAAUAUUAUCCACCGGACUUUGAUCCAAGUAAAAUUGUAAGAUUACAGAAAGGAUCAGAUAGGAAAGGUCCAAGACAACAGACAGUUCGGUUAAUGACUCCGUAUUCUAUGAAAUGUAAUACAUGUGGAGAAUAUAUUUACAAAGGACGAAAAUUUAAUGCAAGAAAAGAAAAUUCUGGAGAAAGUUAUUAUUCUAUACCUAUUUUUAGAUUCUAUAUUAGAUGUACUAGAUGUUCAUCAGAGAUCACAUUUAAAACAGAUCCAAAAAAUGCAGACUAUGCAGCAGAAUAUGGUGCAUCUAGAAAUUUUGAACCAUGGAAGGAAAAAAAGGAAGAAAAAAGUGAAGAAGAUCGUUUAAAUGAAUUAGAAGAAGAGGAAAAUGCAAUGACAGCAUUAGAACAUAAAACAAUAGAUAGUAAAAUUGAAAUGGAAAUAUCAGAUGCACUUGAUGAAAUCCGUACACGAAAUGCACAGCGAGAAAGAUUAGGGCCUGAUCAAGUUCUUGAGCAAAUAGAACAUGCUAAGCAACAGCCUUCUCAAGAAGCUAUUCAAGAAGAAAUAGAGCGAAAAAAGGAUUUAGAAAUUGCACAUGCUAUUUUUAAUAGUGAAGACACUUUUGUUCGUAGAAUUAGAGAUGAAGAAACACCAACUCCUCAUAUGCUUCUUUCUCAAUCUUCAAAAAAUUUUCAAAUACCUGACUUUAAAACACCUUAUAAACGUAAAAUAUCUACAUCUCUUGGAAUUAAGAAAAAAAAAUUAGGGAUUAUUUAG